AAACGAAAGCUAAAAACACUGGUGGGAGGAGUCUCCACAUUGUUUCCUACUCCAUUUUCUCUGGGGCAAUAGCAGAAUAGGAGCAAGCCAGCACUAGUCAGCUAACUAAGUGACUCAACCAAGGCCUUUUUUCCUUGUUAUCUUUGCAGAUACUUCAUUUUCUUAGCGUUUCUGGAGAUUACAACAUCCUGUGGUUCCGUUUCUGGGAACUUUACUGAUUUAUCUCCCCCCUCACACAAAAUAAGCAUUGAUUCCUGCAUUUCUGAAGAUCUCAAGAUCUGGACUACUGUUGAAAAAAUUUCCAGUGAGGCUCACUUAUGUCUGUAAAGAUGGAAAAAAAAUACAAGAACAUUGUUCUACUAAAAGGAUUAGAGGUCAUCAAUGAUUAUCAUUUUAGAAUGGUUAAGUCCUUACUGAGCAACGAUUUAAAACUUAAUUUAAAAAUGAGAGAAGAGUAUGACAAAAUUCAGAUUGCUGACUUGAUGGAAGAAAAGUUCCGAGGUGAUGCUGGUUUGGGCAAACUAAUACAAAUUUUCAAAGAUAUACCAACGCUUGAAGACCUGGCUGAAACUCUUAAAAAAGAAAAGUUAAAAGUAAAAGGACUAGCCCUAUCAAGAAAGAGGAAGAAGGAAGUGGAUGCUACUUCACCUGCACCCUCCACAAGCAGCACUGUCAAAACUGAAGGGGCAGAGGCAACUCCUGGAGCUCAGAAAAGAAAAAAAUCAACCAAAGAAAAGGCUGGACCCAAAGGGAGUAAGGUGUCCGAGGAACAGACUCAGCCUCCCCCUCCUGCAGGAGCCGGCAUGUCCACAGCCAUGGGCCGUUCCCCAUCUCCCAAGACCUCAUUGUCAGCUCCACCCAACACUUCUUCAACUGAGAACCCGAAAACAGUGGCCAAAUGUCAGGUAACUCCCAGAAGAAAUGUUCUCCAAAAAGGCCCAGUGAUAGUGAAGGUACUGAGUACAACAAAGCCAUUUGAAUAUGAGACCCCAGAAAUGGAGAAAAAAAUAAUGUUUCAUGCUACAGUGGCUACACAGACACAGUUCUUCCAUGUGAAGGUUUUAAACACCAGCUUGAAGGAGAAAUUCAAUGGAAAGAAAAUCAUCAUCAUAUCAGAUUAUUUGGAAUAUGAUAGUCUCCUAGAGGUCAACGAAGAAUCUACUGUAUCUGAAGCUGGUCCUAACCAAACGUUUGAGGUUCCAAAUAAAAUCAUCAACAGAGCAAAGGAAACUCUGAAGAUUGAUAUUCUUCACAAACAAGCUUCAGGAAAUAUUGUAUAUGGGGUAUUUAUGCUACAUAAGAAAACAGUAAAUCAGAAGACCACAAUCUACGAAGUUCAGGAUGAUAGAGGAAAAAUGGAUGUAGUGGGGACAGGACAAUGUCACAAUAUCCCCUGUGAAGAAGGAGAUAAGCUCCAACUUUUCUGCUUUCGACUUAGAAAAAAGAACCAGAUGUCAAAACUGAUUUCAGAAAUGCAUAGUUUUAUCCAGAUAAAGAAAAAAACAAACCCGAGAAACAGUGACCCCAAGAGCAUGAAGCUACCCCAGGAACAGAGUCAGCUUCCAAAUCCUUCAGAGGCCAGCACAACCUUCCCUGAGAGCCAUCUUCGGACUCCUCAGAUGCCACCAACAACUCCAUCCAGCAGUUUCUUCACCAAGAAAAGUGAAGACACAAUCUCCAAAAUGAAUGACUUCAUGAGGAUGCAGAUACUGAAGGAAGAGAGUCAUUUUCCAGGACCGUUCAUGACCAGCAUAGGCCCAGCUAAGAGACAUUCCCACACUCCCCAGAUGCCUCCAUCAACACCAAGCAGCAGUUUCUUAACCACGAAAAGUGAAGACACAAUCACCAAAAUGAAUGACUUCAUGAGGAUGCAGAUACUGAAGGAAGAGAGUCAUUUUCCAGGACCGUUCAUGACCAGCAUAGGCCCAGCUGAGAGCCAUCCCCACACUCCUCAGAUGCCUCCAUCAACACCAAGCAGCAGUUUCCUAAGCACGUUGAAACCAAGACUGAAGACUGAACCUGAAGAAGUUUCCAUAGAAGACAGUGCCCAGAGUGACCUCAAAGAAGUGAUGGUGCUGAACGCAACAGAAUCAUUUGUAUAUGAGCCCAAAGAGCAGAAGAAAAUGUUUCAUGCCACAGUGGCAACCGAGAAUGAAGUCUUCCGAGUGAAGGUUUUUAAUAUUGACCUAAAGGAGAAGUUCACCCCAAAGAAGAUCAUUGCCAUAGCAAAUUAUGUUUGCCGCAAUGGGUUCCUGGAGGUAUAUCCUUUCACACUUGUGGCUGAUGUGAAUGCUGACCGAAACAUGGAGAUCCCAAAAGGAUUGAUUAGAAGUGCCAGCGUAACUCCUAAAAUCAAUCAGCUUUGCUCACAAACUAAAGGAAGUUUUGUGAAUGGGGUGUUUGAGGUACAUAAGAAAAAUGUAAGGGGUGAAUUCACUUAUUAUGAAAUACAAGAUAAUACAGGGAAGAUGGAAGUGGUGGUGCAUGGACGACUGACCACAAUCAACUGUGAGGAAGGAGAUAAACUGAAACUCACCUGCUUUGAAUUGGCACCGAAAAGUGGGAAUACCGGGGAGUUGAGAUCUGUAAUUCAUAGUCACAUCAAGGUCAUCAAGACCAGGAAAAACAAGAAAGACAUACUCAAUCCUGAUUCAAGUAUGGAAACGUCACCAGACUUUUUCUUCUAAAAUCUGGAUGUCUUUGAUGAUAAUGUUUAUGGAGAUAAGGUCUAAGUGCCUAAAAAAUGUACAUAUACCUGGUUGAAAUACAACACUAUACAUACACACCACCAUAUAUAUUAGCUGUUAAUCCUAUGGAAUGGGGUAUUGGGAGUGCUUUUUUAAUUUUUCAUAGUUUUUUUUAAUAAAAUGGCAUAUUUUGCAUCUACAACUUCUAUAAUUUGAAAAAAAUAAAUAAACAUUAUCUUUUUUGUGAAA